AUCCAGUAUGGCAGCCAAAGACACAGUGAGGCGUAAUAAGACAGUCCUUCAAGACGUUCUGUCUACAGACCGUCGACGCAUCCUCGACAAAGUUUAUGAGAAUCAGCUGAUAACCCAGCGUGAAUACAACAACCUGAAAGACAUCAACAGAGAAAAUGUGGAGGGACACGUCAUUGGCCUCGUGGACAAACUUAUGGAUAAAGGAGAGGAAACCUGCCAAGCCUUCCUGCACCUGCUCCAGACUGACAAGGACAUCAAAGAAACUUUCCCGCGGCUGGAGAAGAUAUUGUGGCACAGCACCUGUCCUCCAUCCACCUGUUGUGAAAGUUCUCCAGUCCAAGAGCGCAAAAGAAAAAAGAAGGACUGCCGGUAUCAGCUGACCAGCAAACCCACUGGUCUCUGUGUGAUCAUUAACAACGAGAACUUCAUCUACAGCUCGAGCAGACAGGGAACCAACAAGGAUGCCCAAAGUCUGGCAGAGGUGUUUAGCUGGCUGGGCUUCAGAGUGCUGAUGUGUAAAGACCAAACCAAAGACCAGAUGGAUCAGGUCCUGAGGUGGUUUGCCAAGCUGAGUGACGACUCCCAGCUGAAGAAUGUGCAAGAGUGGUCCGGCACUGCAUUUAGAGAGCUUCAGGAGCUUCCUCAGCACGGCGAUGCCUUCGUCUGCUGUAUCCUGAGUCAUGGAGACACUGGCACUGUCACUGGAACUGAUGGCAUACCACUCCCCAUUACUGACAUAACUUCCACUUUCAACGGGAAUAACUGUGCCCUCCUCGUCGACAAGCCCAAAGUGUUCUUCAUCCAGGCCUGCCAGGGGAGACAGAAACACCAGGGAGUGCUCGUCACAGACCUGGCAGAUGAUCUGGUUUCUAUUCCACUGGAAGCAGAUUUCCUCGUUGCCAUAGCCACUGUUGAGAAGUAUCCAGCAAUGAGACAUGUGGUGGAUGGUAGCUGGUUCAUCCAGGCUCUGUGUCGACAGUUAAAGGAAGGCUGUCUCAGGGGCGAUGACCUCAUGCAAAUUCUCUAUCGGGUGAAUGAUGAAGUCAGCCAGAAAGAGGGGGUCUGCGCUGUUCCUGGUGCAGUGAAACAGAUGCCUGAAGCGAGAAAUGUCACCCUGAGGAGAAGCCUUGUGUUCUCACCAUUGACAGCCAUGGAAGCCCCGCUGGAGAGCGAGGCUGCCGCCGUUGCCUCCGCCGGGGCUGACGGACUCGUCGGGGGAGAGUUCAAAGCCUCGGAAGAAGCCAUCGAGUUCCUGUCCAGCAUUGAGCCUGCAGAGCUGCAGAGGUGUGUGUUUUCAGACUCUCUGGUGACAGUGUCGGAGGGUGGCCAAGAGCUGGGGAAGUUCGCCUUGACAGUGGAGUUUGCCCGGCGAAUUCAGCGGCCGUGUUUGCUGCUGCACGGCCACAGCCAAGGAGCCAUAGACAAUAACCCAUGUGGGACAGCAGUGACAGCCUACUUAUCCUCGGAUCUGGAGGUGCUGGAGCAAGACCACCACGAAUAUCUCAAGCUUGAGGGCCACACUUUGGACAGGAGGUGUCACAUGGUGCGACGUGAUGAAGAGAUGGUGAUCGACAAAGUUACCACCACAGGAGAGACUGAGGUCGGUCCAACGCAGCUGGAAGUAGGAGGUGAGACAGUGGAGGUGUUUGGGAUUGAAAGGAGGGUCGACUCUGUGAAGGAUGUCUCAGCUACCUGGCACUGCUACUUCCUGCCUGAUGGGCACCUGGCCAGCAGAGGGCAGGUGGGCUCACCAGUCAUCAUGAGACUCCUGCAGCUGCCCUCACAGCUAGAGAACGACCCGCUGAAAGACAAGCCAGUGUUUGAGAAGAGGCCCCUGGUUUGGGAAGAGGACAUGCAGAUGCACUCCAAGUUCCUGGACAGAAAGGAGGAGCUGAAGGCGGACUACGCCUCGUACAUGAGGCAGCAUCCAGAGCUCCGCGUCCUCCUGGCAGACUUCCUGCACUUCUUGCUGCUGAGGAAGCCAGAUGACAUCUUCCGGUUUGCCAGAGAUAAGGAAAGUACCGAGGACGUGUGUUUCCGUGAGACCGACACGACUUUUCGCUUAGUUGGGAGUCAACAGGCUGAGGAUCAGACCUGUGCUCAUGGGAGUGGCUGUGUGAUGGAUCUGUUCAAGCUGUCCCGUAUCGACGAGGAGCUGGACUCCUCCGAGGUGGCCGCCCUCUGCUUCCUGUGCAUUGACAUCCUCAGCAGGAAACGGCUGGAGAAGGUCAAUGAUGGGAAGGAGCUGUUCAUGAAACUAGAAGAGAGAGGUCUGAUGGAGGACCACUUCUUCCUCUCCCAGCUGCUUAACGUUAUCCGUCGAGCUGACCUCCUCAGCCUCCUGGAGACAGACAGCAGGCAACCAGAGGACAGCUUUGGCCCAGAGACAGACGCACAUCCUGUUCUGUCAGAUUACAGGGUGAUGCUGUACCAAAUUCAUGAGGACCUGACUCAGGAGAACUUCGAGAAGAUGAAGUUUCUUUUGGGCAGACAGCUGGGCAGAGGACAGAUUGAGUCAUGCAAAACAGCUUUGGAUAUGUUUGGUGAAAUGGAGAGGGCUGGUUUACUGUCCAGUACAAACCUGGAAAAGCUGGUGGAAAUCCUGUGCGAGUGUGACUUAACACUGGUUGAGAUAGUGCAGCGCUACAGAGAAGGGGCCAGUUUCUCACCAGCUCCCAGUAUGGACAACCAGAGAGUCAUCCAUCCCCGUCAGCCACUCCAGCACAGUCUGUCUGUAUCAGAGACUCAGCCCCGCUCUACAUCGUUGUCCGUGGAGCUGCAGAGUGUUGUCUCUGACGCACAGCCAAACACAGUGUCCCCCUCUCUUCGUGAUACGAUGGAUUACUACGAACUGACUCAUAACCCUCGUGGUGUGUGUAAGAUCAUCAACAAUGAGCAUUUCCUGGGACUUGAGCUGAAAGACCGACCAGGAACUCUGGAGGAUGAGAAGGCUCUGAGCUCAGUUUUCUCCAGCCUGGGCUUUGAGGUGGAGGUGUGUAACGAUAUGACUGCCCAAGAUAUACGGGAUGAACUAGCACAACUGGGAAGGAGGAAUUUUUUUGAUGACGAUGCUUUGGUGGUGUGCGUGCUGUCCCAUGGAGAGUUGGGAUGCGUGUUCGGAACCGACGAGCAAAAGGUCUCCCUCCGAGAAAUAACACAGCCCUUCAACAGCAGGCACGCCCCCACCUUGGCGGGAAAGCCCAAGCUGUUCUUCAUCCAGGCGUGUCAGGGCAACGAUUACCAGAGAGGAGCAAUGCCGUGCCCCCCGAGGCCGAGAGUGGGAGAGAACAACCGCUCGAUGAGCCUGGAGGAAGACGCAGGUCCUGUGCACAGCGAGUCGGUGCCGUGGGAUGCUGACUUCCUGGUGGGCAUGGCCACAGUGCCGCAGUGCAAGUCGUUCCGCAACACUUACACAGGCUCCAUCUACAUCCAGGAGCUGUGCAGGCAGCUGCGCGAGGCAGUGUCCAGGCAGGAGGAUAUUCUUACCGUUCUGACACGAGUGAACAGGGAGGUGAGCAGAGGGGAGUAUCGCACCUACAAACAAAUGCCAGAGCCCAAGUACACCCUCACCAAGAAACUCGUCCUCACCUUUGUCUGAGAGGAGUGAUCAAGUGCAACGCUGCAGCUGUGCCAAAUCGCUGGACUCACACACACUUCAGAAACCUCCUAAACCUGUGUGAACGUGGCAGGGCAUGUUUCUGAACCUCUGUUUCUUACACCUCUUCUAAAUGCUGAAUACCAGUGAUGUUUUUGUAGUUGCCUUGCUUUUCAGAUGAAAAAAACACCACCACUGUGGCAAGACAAAUGAGUCUUAAAGCGAAAAUGCUAUUAGGAUUUGUGUAAUAUUCCACAUAUGCUUUCUUUGUGAAAAAAAAAA